GUAGGUUGGUCCGUGACGGGAAAGGUAGAGAUCUGAGAAGUUGCUUUCACUCCUGGACUGGGCUGAGUCUAUCCGAGUUGUACCACGUCGCGCCGGGGGGAGAGGAACUGAUCACUACCAGAGUAUGUUUGUCGUGGAGCCUCUUUCUUCUCCCUAAAUUUUGACAACUCAGUGGAUUUGGGUUGUAGGUGCUGAACUAUCAUCAGGAUGCUCCGCCGAAAACCCACUCGCCUGGAACUGAAGCUAGAUGACAUUGAAGAAUUUGAGAGUAUCCGGAAGGAUCUAGAGACCCGUAAAAAACAGAGGGAAGAUGUGGAUGUGGUGGGAGCCAGUGAUGGAGAAGGAGCAAUCGGCCUCAGCACUGACCACAAAACCCGAGAACAAAUGAUCAAUGACCGAAUUGGUUAUAAACCUCAGCCCAAACCUAAUAAUCGUUCCUCUCAGUUUGGAAGCUUUGAGUUUUAGAGUUUGUAGAAAAAUUAUCCCAUGUGCCUGCCUCUGACAAAGCAAUUCAAUGAAGGCAAAAUUUAAAAUACUAUUUAGAGUACUGAGUGCUUAAAGAGUAUCAGACUAUUUUGCCCUCAUAAGAUCCUUGGGAGGCUUAACUUCUUUAUUGAGGAAAAAUUUGAACUCUAAUUGGUGUCUGGAGUAUUUUCAUCUUCUUCUCCAGAAAGCUUAUAUUUCAUUUUUAAAAAUAAAGACAUC